AUGACUUCGAAUAGCAGAAGCAGCAGUCAACAUCGUCCGCACCAUCCACCAGAGUACUACGGUGCGGACCAGCCGCCUCUUUCCCUCCAAACACCCUCAGCUUCUCGACCGCCAUUGCAGAACAACUCAUCACAUUCGCUAGUCGCGCCGACAUCGUCAACAUCAGAUACCUAUCCAGGAUCUUCUAAUCAGCUCUCUCCCUGCGACUCGAGCGAUUAUAAGAAGAAGCUUCGCGAUGCGUCGCCUUCUUCGGCCACGUCUCUUCACUCUGCUACCGACCACGAGGAGCAUGGCGACAUGCCCGGUCCACUUCCAACGGCACAAGUUCUACAGCCACUCACUUCACGCCUCUCCCGAGUCGACUCCCAACCCAAGACUUGGCAGCCAAAUUUGGACAAAGAUAAAGACAAAUACCCCACCGCUCGUCCACGUUCGUCUUCCAACCGUUCUGUCUCGUAUCUCGACGCCGCCAACAAGCCUGUCGAGUUGCAGCGUGCUUCUUCUCGCGUUUCUUCAAUACAUAGAUGCAUGGAUCCUCCCUACCCUGCCUCCGCCCUGGCUCUCACGCUGACAAAGUCGGAGGACCCCGGUGCAGUAUACAUCGACUGGUCUGCUGAUGACCCCGAGAACCCAUUCAACUGGCCAAAGUCGAGAAGAUGGCUUCUCGUCUCGGUCUGCUUCCUCUUCACCGCCUGUACUGCCUUUAACGGUUGCGGAUACCCCUCGGGCUCGUAUCAAGCCUCGAUGGACCUCGGAACCACCCAGCUUGUCUACCUGGUCGGAAACACAGUCUUCCUCUUUGCUGUCGCCUUCACACCGCUCAUCUUAGCCCCACUGAGCGAAGUAUACGGUCGAAGCCCGAUCUACCUCGGUGCCGCUUUCAUGUUCACGUUGCUCUUCAUUCCACAGGCGCUUGCCAAGAACAUCACCACUAUCAUCGUGGUCAGAUGCUUCCAGGGUAUGUCGGCCUCUGUGGGCAACUCUUUGGUCGCAGGUAGUGUGUCGGACGUCUUCCACGCCAACGAACGAGGUCUUCCCAUGUCGCUCUACUCUAUCUCGGUCUACAUGGCGCAAGGUAUCUCGCCCUACAUCUCUUCUGUCACGGUCAACCGCGCCGGUUGGCGCAUCAUGUUCUGGUGGCAAGGAGGCAUGGCGCUCUUGACCUACAUUCUUAUGCUUCUCGUACUCAAAGAGACGCGAGGUCCCGUGUUGCUCUCGAGACGUGCCAAGAAGCUCACCAUGGAGACCGGUCGUCUGCACAAGUGCAGAGCCGAUGACGAAAGGCAGUCAUUCCUGCUCAUGGUCAAAGUGUCGCUCUUCCGUCCCAUGCAGUACCUCGUCUUUGAGCCGGUCGUCACCAGCUUUGCGCUCUGGAUCGGCUUCCUGUGGGGUACCAUCUUCAUCUCUCUGGAAGCGAUUCCUAUUGUGUUUUCGGGUUAUGGCUGGAAUUCAGAACAGCAGCAUAUGGCUCUACUCACCAUCGCUGUCGGAGGCAUGAUUGGCUACUUUGCCAACUUUCAUCAAGAAAAGCUCUACGCCGCUGCGGCGCGCAAGCACGGCGGUAAGCCGCCGCCGGAAGCUCGUCUCUACUACGCCUCUGUGGGCGCCGUCCUGGCUCCUGUGGGACUUUUCAUCUUCGCUUGGACAGGUCGAGUGGGGAUCUCGCCUGUGGCUCCCAUGAUCGGCUUGACCAUCUUCAAUACCGGUCUGUUUCCGGCGUAUCUCGGAUGUUUUUCUUACCUAGCCGACUGCUAUGAGCGUUACGCCUCCAGUGCAUUGGCAGCUCAGAGCUUCCUACGCAACACGUUUGCAGGCAUGUUCCCCUUGUUCUCUCAGCAGCUCUACGUCAACCUCACACCCAAGUACGCAUCAACCCUGCUCGCUUGCAUUGCAGCCGUCUUGAGUGGUGUUCCAUUCUUCCUGCUCAAGUACGGCGCUCUUCUGCGACGUCACAGCCCGGCAGCUCGAGCAAUUGGAAAGGACGAACAGUAUAUUCGCGCUCUGUCGGAACAGGAACAGAAAGUUGCCGAUCCUGGUCUCGCAUGA